AUGGAGGUUGAGAAACACUGGCAUAGAUUAUGCCAGCUGGAAGGGAGAUGGGCCUGUAUUUCUGCAGCUUUUAACCUGGUUUUUUCCCCCUUUUUCUUACCCUUGUACAGGUUUGCAGCCAAACUAAUUGCCGGUGUGCUGGAUUUCAAAGCCAAGAUUGACCACCAGACCCUGCUAGUUGAGUAUUCCCACGGCCAUCCGCUCAGCACGGACUGCUAUUCUCGCCUCUUUGCCUCCUGCCGACUCCCUGGGCGAAAACGCGAUUCUAUUUUACUGCCUCCACCUGGACGGAAACCCCCCAAUUAUAUUACCGUUGUUCGCAACUUCCAGUUCUUCCGGCUCGAAGUGUACAACAGCGAUGGGACACCCCUGACCAUUGACCAGCUCUAUUUGCAGCUCCUGAAAAUCCGCUCCCUUUCUUGGAAGUUGGAUAAAGAGCCCUUGGGAGUCCUCACCAGUGACCACCGACAUACCUGGGGAGAGGCCUUCACUACUCUCAUGAAAGACAAGCUGAACCAGGAAUCAGCUCUCACGAUCCAACGUAGCCUCUUCACUGUCUGCCUGGAUGCUCCUAUUCUGAAGGUGUCAGACGCUCACGUCAAAAGUCGCUUGGCAGCUCAAAUGCUGCAUGGCGGGGGGAGCUACUCCAACAGCGGCAAUCGCUGGUUUGACAAGACGCUGCAGUUCAUUAUCGGAGAAGAUGGCACCUGUGGAGUCCUUUAUGAACAAGCCAUCGCUGAGGGGCCCCUGAUUGCCACUGUCAUCGACUACGUCCUUGAUUACUGGUAAUGCCCCGUGGGGGAGAAGAU